AUGGAGCAGAUAUUCACACUGCAACCUGUGGAGGACUUCACGCCAGAGAGGGGUGAAAAGGAGAAGCUGACAUGGAGUGACCGUAUGCCUGGAUAUGCAGCAAACUUUGGACUAAUUUUAUUUAUGAUUAUGCUGACGUUUUCAGCAGUGUUUGGUGUGAUCGUGUACCGAAUCACAACAGCAGCAGCUUUGUCGUUCAGCACAAACGAGACAACCAGGUCAAAUGUUCGAGUGACUGUGACCGCAACUGCUGUCAUCAUUAACCUCGUUGUGAUACUUAUACUUGAUGAAAUUUAUGGAGCUGUUGCCAAGUGGCUGACAGAAAUUGAGGUACCAAAAACAGAGAAAACCUUUGAGGAGAGACUGAUUUUGAAGGCAUUCCUACUGAAGUUUGUGAACUCUUAUGCACCAAUUUUUUAUGUUGCCUUUUUUAAAGGAAGAUUUGUUGGCCGUCCUGGUCAUUAUGUCUAUGUGUUUGAUGGCUAUCGAAUGGAAGAGUGUGCUCCAGGAGGCUGUUUGAUGGAACUCUGUAUUCAGCUGAGCAUCAUUAUGCUUGGAAAGCAACUGAUUCAAAACAAUCUGUUUGAAAUUGGAAUCCCGAAGCUAAAGAAGCUCUUCAGGAAGCUGAAGGAUGAAAGAACUGAGCCAAAGGAAACGGACACCAACCAGUCAAAGGACCCUCAGCAAUGGGAUCUUGACUACAUCUUGGAACCUUUCACUGGUCUGACUCCAGAAUACAUGGAAAUGAUUAUCCAGUUUGGCUUUGUCACACUCUUUGUUGCCUCCUUCCCUCUGGCACCUCUCUUUGCUCUUCUGAACAACAUCAUAGAAGUCCGGCUUGAUGCAAAAAAGUUUGUUACUGAACUGAGGAGGCCAGACACAGUAAGAGCAAAAGAUAUAGGAAUUUGGUAUAACAUUUUGAGUGGUAUUGGAAAGCUUUCAGUUAUCAUUAAUGCUUUUGUAAUUGCUGUCACAUCUGAUUUCAUUCCACGCCUUAUGUAUCAGUAUGCGUACAGUCAAAAUGGCACCAUGCAUGGCUUCAUCAAUCACACGCUCUCAUACUUCAAUGUCAGUCACCUCAAGGCUGGAACACAGCCAGAAAACUCCCCGUUUGCACAAGAUGUUUUAUUCUGCAGGUUCAAAGACUACAGAGAACCACCUUGGUCCCAAAAUCAAUAUGAGUUUUCUAAACAGUACUGGGCAGUCUUAUCUGCUCGCUUGGCUUUUGUUAUUCUAUUUCAGAACUUGGUCAUGUUCCUCAGUGUUCUGGUUGACUGGAUGAUUCCUGACAUCCCCAAGGACAUCAGUGAACAGAUCAAAAAGGAGAAGAGUGUGCUUGUUGACUUCUUCCUGAAGGAAGAGCACGAAAAACUGAAGCUGAUUGAAAGCUUUAUCACACGCGACAAGGAGAAACAAAAAAGUGGGACCAAAGGCAAAAGGAUCCGGGCUGCCAGUUUCUGUCAGUUUAACCGAAGUCAGAAAGGCCACUUUACCUCCUUUAGCUCACGGCACACAGAAGUGUGA